AGCUAGCGGCACUCACACCGACCAGUCCCUCCUGGAGCUGCAGAGCCUCGAGUGACAAUGAGCGAGAGUGAGGAAGAAGCGGUCGCUAGCAGGGAAGAGGAAACUGAGGCAGACGAGGCAUCCGGUCCUGAUGAGGGCGAAGAAGACAAGUGCGAGGAGAGCGGAAUGGCCGACGGGAGUGAGUGGGAUCCGCAGGUCCGCCGGGAGCAGCGCCACACCAUGCGGCAGAUCAUCCGCGACGUCCAAGAAUCCCGGGAGGACAUGACUGUUCCCGACGACCUCGUUAAAAACGUCAAGAGGAUGAACAGUGUGUUUAGAGACGUUGUUUCCACUCGCGAGGCAGCAAUCGAUGCUGAGGGUUUUCAACUCCUCUCAGCCAUCGGUAAAGAACAGGCUGAAUCUAGUGCCGGUGAACUCGUAUUUGACCCCAUUGUUUUUGCAGAGAAACUGGUGACGUUUAUGGGUGGUCGCCGAGGAGAUGGGAGCCGUAACCUCGAGGGUCUGGACUGGGCCAAACUGGGAGAGAAGGCAUCUGCGUGCUUCACAGCCCCACCUUCCCUCAAUUUCCUCCAUGGUGCACUGGAUGUGGAUCCAAUAAAAACAAAGCAGCGACAGAGGUUAGGGAGGAAGAAGGAGAGCUCUGAGACGACCGCCAGCAAACCGAGGGAGCUGACACAAUUUGAGAAUGAGGAGGAGUCCACUACAAAGGACGUGGCUCACCUUUUCUACCAUCUGAAGAGGCUAUGUGGUGACGGACGUCGUCGUGUGCAUUAUUUCACCUGUUUGGUUGACCCGGAGUCGUUUUCU